AUGGGAAAGACCAAAAACACAUCACUGGACACUGUGGUGACAGAUUUCAUUCUUCUGGGCUUGUCUCACCCCCCGAAUCUAAGAAGCCUCCUCUUCCUGGUCUUCUUCAUCAUUUACAUCCUCACUCAGCUGGGGAACCUGCUCAUUCUGCUCACCGUGUGGGCUGACCCGAAGCUCCAUGCUCGCCCCAUGUACAUUCUUCUGGGAGUGCUCUCAUUCCUGGACAUGUGGCUCUCCUCAGUCAUCGUUCCUCGAAUUAUUUUAAACUUCACUCCUGCCAGCAAGACUAUCCCGUUUGGUGGCUGUGUGGCUCAACUGUAUUUCUUUCACUUCCUGGGCAGCACCUAGUGCUUCCUCUACACCUUGAUGGCCUAUGACAGGUACCUGGCAAUAUGUCAGCCCCUGCGCUACCCAGUGCUCAUGAAUGGGAGGUUAUGCACAGUCCUUGUGGCUGGAGCUUGGGUCGCCGGCUCCAUUCAUGGGUCUAUCCAGGCCACCCUGACCUUCCACUUGCCCUAUUGUGGGCCCAAUCAGGUAGAUUACUUUAUCUGUGACAUCCCUGCAGUAUUGAGACUGGCCUGUGCUGACACAACUGUCAAUGAGCUUGUGACCUUUGUGGACAUCGGAGUAGGGGCCGCCAGCUGCUUCAUGUUAAUUCUGCUUUCCUAUGCCAACAUAGUCCAUGCCAUCCUGAAGAUACGCACCACUGAUGGGAGGCGCUGGGCCUUCUCCACCUGUGGCUCCCACCUAACUGUGGUCACAGUCUACUAUGUUCCCUGUAUUUUCAUCUACCUUAGGGCUGGCUCCAAGAGCCCCCUGGAUGGGGCAGUGGCUGUGUUUUACACUGUUGUCACUCCAUUACUGAACGCCCUCAUCUACACACUGAGGAACCAGGAAGUGAAGUCCGCCCUGAAGAGGAUAACAGCAGGUCGAGGGACUGAAUGA